AGGAAGAGGAGCUGAGAGCUUCAGGGAGGAGCUGAGCUGUUACUGAACUAUAGAAGAGACACAAACUUCCACAUUCAACACAGUUCAAACAUUAACUCUGAUCAUCAUGCUGUCUUUGCUCACAUCUGGAUUUACUCUGCUGGUUCUGCUUAUAGGAACAGGUGUGAACUGUCAGCAACUCACUGCAGCAAAGACUGAAGAGUUCAGUCUAGAAGGCAGCUCUGUUACUCUGUCCUACAGUUACUCCAAUAAGAUAUCAUCUUCUGAUCAUUUCUUCUGGUAUCGACAAUAUCCAGGAAAACCUCCAGAGUUCAUCAUGUACAUCUCAGGGCUCAACAAUCCAAGAUUAGCAGAUAAUCUGAAAUCAGCAUCAAGAUUCUCCACUAAACUGAGAGAAGAGAAACACCUGGACCUGCUGAUCUCCUCUGCUGCAGUGACUGACUCUGCUGUGUACUACUGUGCUGUGAGGCCCACAGUGACAGGAAACACCAGAACUCUGUACAAGAACCUGCAAUACUCCACUAUAUCCACUAGAGGGCCUCACACACUGUUCCUCCUCUAUGGUUUGUUAGGAUUCAGUCUGAUUGUUUGUGCAGCUGAGAAUAAAGCAGACAUCAGAGUGUUUGCUGCAUCAUUGAAUUUAUUACAACAACUGACCAGGAAGAUGCCAGUGUGUCACUGGUUCUUCCAAAGCUCAGCUGGUUUCUUGGUUGGGCAGCCUUGGUACCCUAUGUCUCAAACUGCCGCUUGCUACACAUAUACAGACCCACUAACUGACAAUCAAAUAGUCCAUCAGUUUGAAAGUCAUUAA